AUGAGCAGAAAAGCCGGAGAGUUUAUUGAUCGCUUGCGGAUAUAUGUCAAAUCCGGCUCAGGCAGUGCCGGAAACCCUCUAAUCCGCGGAAAGGGUGGCAAUGGUGGAAGUGUUUACCUUCGUAGUGUGGAGGGGCAAACUCUCACUGGCAUAAUUGAUAAAUAUCCCAAAAGGCGAUUUAUUGUACAGUUUCAUUCUUGUGUUACCUCAACGGCUAACUGUGGUAAACCCUGUAGCUCUCGACGUGGCGUAUGCUUUGGUACCAAUGCUGCCGACAUUGAAGUUCCAGUCCCCGUUGGGGUUUCCGUCUCCAUUAGUAAUCCGGGUGAAUCCGCAAGACUAAUAGGUGACCUUGACGAACCCGAUCAGCGAUUGCUUGUUGCUCAGGGUGGUUAUGGUGGCACGCCAGUAACUAAUUAUCUUGGCAGUCCAGGAGAGGCGCGGUCGAUAGUGCUGGACCUAAAGUUGAUGGCAGACGUUGGACUUAUCGGGCUGCCUAAUGCAGGAAAAUCGAGUCUGCUGCAGGCGCUCUCAGGAGCUAAGGUGAAAAUUGCUGCCUAUCCUUUUACCACCCUGAGACCACAGAUAGCUGCUAUCAGCUUUUCCGAUCAUCGAACGAUCACAAUGACAGAUUUGCCGGGUCUGGCGGACAUAGCCGCUAAGUUUGAUACAAAUCAGCAGUCGCCCCCACCGUUGCGCCACACAGCCUUCCUGAAACACGUUGAGCGCACCGCCUGUCUCCUAGUGGUCCUCGAUGCCCUUGGCUUCCAGGCGAACCAGCAUGCUCCCCUACGCACGCCGUUGGCUGCCGCAGUUCUGCUAGUCAGUCAGCUGCAACGCUACGCUUUUGGUCGUCUCCUCGGCAAGCCAAUGCUCUGUGCUAUUAAUAAGGUGCUUUUUGGCAAGGAUUUGCCAUGCCGGCUGGCCUCUUAUCCAAAGCAUUGUCAUAGAUGUAGAAAUCACAAGAGGAGCUUUGAAAUAUGGUCUACUUUCUACGUUACACCAUCCCGUUUGCUGGUUGAUUGUUUGGACAGAAUCUGCCGAACUACCUUCGAAAAUCAGAGUAUUAUUUAUCUCACUCAUUUAAGGCCUUUUAUGAGGUCUGUUUGA